GGACUAUUAAUAUUCUGCGAUCACCACAUCGGAGCAUCAUUUGAAGACUGUAGCGCACAAGUAAACAAGACCAACAGCAAAAUUUAACAGAGUUUACCUUGGUACGAAGCCGCCCAGUUCAAAAUGAAUAUGCCCGAUAUGCCGGUAAACGUCCCUGUGGACGACCCCAAUGCGGACACUGAAUGGAAUGAUAUAUUACGGAAACAUGGAGUCAUCCCAGAGAAGCCUCCUUCUCCCACAGCAGAGUUGGAGGAGGUUUUAGUCCAGGCCCGGGCUCUUGCUCAUGAGCACCGUCUCGAGGGCAAAGAUCUGGAUGAACUAGCCGAGCUUGAAGAUGACGAAGACGACGACUUCCUAGAGCACUAUAGGAGGAAACGGCUUGCCGAGAUGUCAACCAUCGCAUCAAGCGCCAUAUAUAAUCAGGUCUACCCCCUACAGAAGCCAGACUAUUCCCGAGAAGUCACCGAGGCUUCAUCCAAGUCCUAUGUGGUUGUCCUCCUCACGGCGUCCCUGAGUAGCAAUGCCGAGUCUCGUAUCCUUGAAGGAUUGUGGAAAGCAAUGGCCGAAAAGUUUGGAGAUGUGAAAUUUUGUCAAAUUCGCGCCGAUAUGUGCAUUGAAGGCUACCCUGAAAAGAAUACGCCCACUAUCCUUAUUUAUAAGGACGGUGAUAUCAAGCGACAGAUCGUCACUCUGAGGGAAUUGCAAGGCACGAAGACAUCUAUAAGGGAUCUAGAGAGAGUCCUCGUCAGCGUGGACGCUGUGAAGCCGAAUGACCUCCGACUCUCUAAAAAUCCAGACGAGAACGAGUGGGCUCAAAAUGCGAAGGACUCGGCCGACAACGAGGAUGACGGCUCUGACUGGGAUUGAGCGGAUCGUGAUGAUAGAAGGAAGGAAGUUCAAACGUCAUGCCCUCCUCUUUCGCCGACUCCUUUGUGAAUCCCUGCGAGCAGGAAGUUCCAUGGAGAAGCAGCUGUCUGCUGGGAUGAAUCAUAUCGGGGGAGUGGAUAUGCCAUGUGACAUUCCAGGUCUGCGGUGAGGUGUAAUCACUGACUGAUCAUAAAGGCAACGAGGAACACCAGACGUGAGGUUAUGACAAGCGAACGGAGGGGAAUGAGGCGGUUGACAUGUCAAUUAUGCAAGGAAAGCCUCAAAUGAUUAAAACAUGCCACAUGUUGGCCUAGAGGUCAGCUGAGAAAAACCAUUCAUCUCUCUUAAUUCAACAACUCUCCGGGA